UUUUUAUUCGCGGUGUCGCGCAGGUCGACAGGGAAGAGGUGGGCGUUCCUCCGUGUCGCUGACUGUUGAGGCUGAGAAUAGUUUUCUUCUCCACGACCAGCUCUCCCGAUGUUUCUUCCUGCACUUGUGGAGGACAUGCAUCAUUUUAAGCCUAGUCGAGACAGAUUGUACACCACCAGAUGUUGUGGAUGUUGCCAUGUCCGGACGGGGACCAUCAUCUUGGGUACAUGGUACAUGGUAGUCAACCUGUUGAUGGGCAUCCUGCUGACUGUAGCUGUGACCCACCCAGAGAACGUGCCCACUAUUGACUUGCAGUAUGAGGUCAUCGACCAUUACUUUGCCUCCGACAGGAUGUCUGAGAAUGCCUGUGUUGGAUUUGCCAUCUCUCUGCUGAUGCUUACUAUCAGUGCCAUGAUGGUGUAUGGAGCCAUUACUCAUCGCGACGGCUGGCUCAUCCCGUUUUUCUGCUACCAGCUGUUUGACUUUGCUCUGAGCUGCCUGGUGGCCAUCAGUUCUCUCACCUACCUACCCAGGAUCAAGGACUACCUGGACCAGCUGCCGGAUUUCCCGUACAAAGACAACCUCCUCUCUCUGGACUCCAGCUGCCUGCUGCUUUUUGUGCUGGUCUUCUUUGCCUUCCUCAUCAUCCUCAAGGCUUACUUGAUCAACUGUGUGUGGAACUGCUACAAAUACAUCAACAAUAGGAACAUGCCAGAGAUUGCUGUCUACCCUGCCUUUGAGACCCCUCCCCAGUACAUCCUGCCCACUUAUGAGAUGGCAAUGAAGAUGCCAGAGAAGGAACCACCUCCCCCUUACAUGCCCGCUUAAGCACCAGCCCUAUUGCCAAAACACACAAACACACACAUGCACACACACCACCAUAUGCAUUCCUACCUUCCCUCACUAACCCUUUCUGAACACCAUUACGCCCUUAUCCCCCCUCCUCUGACCUACUGUGUUAUGUGUAAGGCCACUAAAAAUAUUUUGUUCAACCCUACCCACUGUAUUUCUACAGAGUAUCUAUAGAGCAUCCUGGAGGUGUGAGAGGAGAAAGGUGGGAAAGACUGAAAUCUGUUUGAAAUGAAUGAAUGUGAUGUUUGAAAAGCAACACAAACUACCAGCCCCCUGUCUUAGUAAAAGGGAUACAUGUGGAAAUUAAAUUGCUUGAAAUGCUAUCAUCAAUCCAGCACCAUCCUAUCUAUAGAUUGAUUAUAUAUAUAUAUAUAUAUAUAUAUAUAUAUAAAGUGUAAAAAAAAAAAAAAAAAAAAAAAAACUAUUAUGACAAUCCACUUAAUAUAGCUCUUAUUGUUGAAUUGUGUCUCUCUCUUCCCCAAAUUAUUAAGAUCUAGACUAUUCCAGCUCAGUCUUGAAUGGAGUCUGUAGCACUUUUUUUGUCUGUUAUUUAUUUAGCUUUGCUGUGGUUCAGUUCACCACCACCCCUGAUGUUUUUCUCAUUCUGCUGCCCUGAUGUGUUAGCAAAGCUAGUGAAUAGUUUUCCAGCUGAGACUGAGAGACAGCACAGGGCACAGAUGAUGGAUCAUUUUCUCUGUUUCUUUCUCACCUGACAUCUGGAGCAAACGGCUAGUCUUGUGAACAUUAGUAGUUGCAUGCUUAUCAACAACCCCCACCCCCAUUACUUUACUGGUAAUAUGAUUUUAUCCCAGUGGAAAUACAUUUGCCUUCAAUAAACGUUUCAGAACAUUUA